GUAUUAUACUUGAUUGAGCAGAAUUGGUUUGACCAUGGAAAAGUAGAGUUUGGUCCAUUGAGUUAGCAAGGAAUUGCAAUGAACCACAACUCUCUCUGCUUCUAUUCUAUUCUUCUUAUAAAUAAGAAGUGAAUGUUCUAAUAAUAUCUAUCUAUUUAUCUAUCUAUCUAACAAAUUAAAACAAAGAAACCUGCCAUGGUUAGCGGACAACUCUCCCAUGAGAUGGAAAUCAAGGCGCCGGCUAGCCAAGUUUGGGAGUUUUACGGCACCAUUCGCCAACUAAACCUCAUUGCAAAACAACUCCCAAAUGUAUUCGAAAAAAUUGAUAUUCUUGAAGGAGAUGGUGGCGUUGGCACAAUUGUCCAUUUAAUUUUUGUUCCAGGUGUUACAAGAUUCAAGAGUUACAAGGAGAAGCUUACCAAGGUAGACGAUGAGAAUCGGGUGAAGGAAGCCGAGGUGAUUGAAGGAGGAUACCUGGACUUUGGCUUCACGCUUUACCGAGUUCGAUUUGAGAUCAUCGACAAGGACCAAGCUUCCUCCAUUGUGAAGUCCACCAUUGAAUAUGAAGUUAAGGAUGAGUCUGCUGACAAUGUCUCCUUGGUCUCUCUUGAUGCCCUAAAAGCCAUAGCCUUUAUUGCACAAAACGAACUCACUAAGACCAAUGCUUGAAUGAAAUGUAUUUUAAUUUUAAAUCCUUGUUUCUGGAAAUAACAACAAUAACAGCAAUAAUAUGAAUCUUAAAGGAAAUAUAUUUCAAUUUUCA